CCGUCGGGUAUGAAUUAUUCCGUUCACUCCAUCCCGGCCGGCACCACAGGUUCAUUAUGAUCCGGCUCCUCCUCAUCUUCGCUUCCCUCCUCCGACUGCUGCCGCCGGGCAGCGCGGCAGAUCCCCUUCCCUGCUCGCCCAGAACAUGUGGCAACCUGAGCAUAGCCUACCCAUUCUGGCUGGAGGAGGACGGCCAGCCGCCAUGCGGUGCCCCGUCCUUCCAGCUCAACUGCAACGCCAGCCAAGCUCUCCUCAGCCGCUCCAUGUUCGGGAGCUACCAAGUCGUCCAAGUCUUCGCCGAGAACUCCUCCUUCGUCGCCGUGGACAACAACCUCCCGCUCGACGACGGCUGCCCCAAGUUUUGGUUCAACAUCUCGCUAGGUCUCGGGCUGAGUCCGUUCGUCGUCAGCAGCAAGAACAUGGAGCUGCUCGUCCUCGACAACUGCAGCAAGCAGGAGACGCCGCCGGGAUUCAACCGCACAAGUUGCGCCAACUAGUCCUUCUACCGACUUGGCGGCGAGUAUGGCAGCCACCGCAAACUGGCCGGUCUCCCGCCGGCCUGCCGUCUCUCGGUCGUGCCGGUUCUUGGUGUUCCGGACGGCGACAGUUACGUCUCGAGCAUGAGACAGGGGUUCCUGCUUGAGUGGACGGUACCGUCAGACGUGUGCCCCAAGUGCGAGGCAAGCGGCGGGCAGUGCAGGUAUGCCAACGACGGCACCGGGUUUUCCUGCAGCUGCGACGACGGCCUGCGCCCCGACAAGUGCGGUGAGUCCAGAAAAUUAGCUAGCUCUGCUCUCCAUUUAUAUCUGUAAAUGUUUAUUUACAUGCAGCACUCUUGCAUAGUUUUAAAACAAGGUCAGCAAAUUAACUCUGCACAUUGAUUCUCAUUCCUUUGUCAAUUCUUACACCUUUUAACUUGAAAAGCAAACUAUGGUAUUCGCAUGAAAAAAUUUCAAGUGCCGAAACAGUGAUAUUCAGAGGGGUUGCAUCACAUCGCACCUAUCCUUUCGAAAGAUCAUUCUUCAACCAGUUCAAGUACUUAGGCCAACUCCAACACACGACCCCAAAUGGUCCGGCCGCGUCCGUUUAGGGGUAAACGGACACAAAAUGCGGCCCAACACGCGGGAGCAAACGGACAAACGUCCGUUUUUCAUCCACUUUUGAUCCAUUCCUCGCCCAAAUUUGGCCGCGUUUACGUCGAAACGAACAUGCACGGACGGGCGGGACGCGCGCCCUUGUCCCCCUGGCCCGCCGUCGGGGACACAACCCUCUUUCUCUUCCAUGCCCUCCCUCCGCCCCGCCAUUGCCGCGCCACCUCAUCGAUACCCUAUUUUCCCGGCAGCCUUCCUCGCUUUCCUGCUAGGCCGUCCGAACCACAACCACGCCAAUGCCAACCAGGUUUGCUGCCUGUGAGGGGAACUCGAGGUGCUCUUUCCGGCCGCAUCUCCACCACGACCGCAACGUGUUCGAAACUUUUCUCACAAGGUACCAUGGAUGGUGGGAGUAUUUAUUUCACAACUUCAUUUUUUCAUCGGAUGAUUCGUUCUCGGAUGACGAAGACCUUGUGGUGGCUGCAUUGGUCAUCAAUGAACACAUUGUUGGGCAGCGGCCUCGGUUCAAGAGAUCAAUCCUGGAUCAUGCUUCGGCCUUGAAUCGCAAUAGGGAGAGCGGCCGCGCCCUACUCUAUGCCGAUUACUUUGAGAACAUCGCGCUCUUCAAACCAGUGAACUCACCUUGACAAUAGUAGAUGUAUCGAUCCAUUUCUAUUCAAGACAAUUUUGAUUGAGUUGUAAAACUAUUUGAUUGUGUUUUUAUUUGGAUGUGGAACUGUUUGUUUUGUAAAACUAUUUGCAAUGUUUGAUUUAUUUGGUUAUUUGCAUUAUUUGGUUAUUUGUAUAGACACAUAGGGCCUUCAGCCGGACGAGAUGCGUCCAAGAUGCGGCUCGGUGUUGGGCGCACGACCGGCACAUCCAGAAAAAUGAGCGGGCGCCGCCCCAUUGCCCUACCCAAACAGACAAAAUUCAAACAAAAUAGAUGUCCAUUUGGGGUUAUGCGAGUUGGCCUCAAGUCCUCCGGCCCCGGUCUUCCGUCGGACCCCUAUCUAUUUGUCUCUAAAUUCACAUGCCUGUUAACUGAACUCACAAAAUUGCAUAACACGCUGCUAGCUGAAAACCUUUUUGUUGUAUUGAACUAGCGAAAAAACUGAAGUACAUUUAAUAGACUAUAAACAAGAAGUGAUCCACUUGCUUCAAAAAUUAUGUGGGACCCCUACACACAUCAUCUAAAAUCGAAGCACGGGUCCAGCGGACCCUUGACGCACACCGCAUGUGCAUGCUCCAGAUGUCGCCGCUGCCGUCUCCCGCGAAAAAGGGGUGAUGUCUACAUGUAGAAAUGUGCAACUGAAGAUUAGAGGUUUUUCUUUAUGCAUGUGCGUUCUUUCUGUUUGUUGCUAAUGUUUUUUUGUGUGUGUGUGUGUGUGUUCGAGUUUGGAACUGUUUUUUCUUCUGGAUAAAGUGUGAAGGUUCUACAAUGUUAGAAUCUAGCUAGAUAGCUGACAGUACCACAAAGCAACCAGAACAGUACUCCCUGGGUUCCAAAAUAGAUGACCCAACUUUAUAUUAACUUUGUAUUAAAAUUAGUACAAAAUUGAGUCAUUUAUUUUAGAACGGAGGGAGUAAUAAUCAGGCUAAGCAUCCUGGUCCCAGUCACAUCAGCUCGCGGAGGUCAUGGCCAUGGACCCCGUCAAAGUCGUUGCACGGAAAUUUCCAAGGCCACCGGAUUACCAGUCCAAUAGGCCAACUGGGAAACUUCGUGGAAGAUGAUCGCUUGGCCAAUUUUUUCCGGUGAAAUGUUGCGGCCAAUGGUAGUAGUCCGCUCGCUUGCCGUCCACAUAUAUUAUGGUUCGUGCUUCGGGCCUUCGACAACGGUAUUAUCUCUUACAUGCAGUCUCUACCUUCCCAUAGCCCAUGACCACCGAAUCCAGCUACCUCGCCUUGUUCUUCACCACAAUUCCUCCAAAUCAUCCGCUCCCAUGUCUCUCAGCUGCUGCUGGUUCGUGGUCUUCGUGGGGGUGUGGUGGCUGCCGCUGAUGCUCGUGGUGGCCGAGGACCAGCAGGGUGGAGACUGCUCGGCCCAGAAGUGCAGCAACGUCAGCAUCAUGGAUCCAUUCUGGCUCACUGACAAAGUUACGGGAAGAUCAUGCGGUUCUGCAGAUUCCUACCCGGACUUCGGUGUCGCUUGUAGCAACAACAGUUAUCCCACUCUGCGGAGCUCUAUACCCCUCAACAAUGGUUUUAGAAUCCUCAACAUCUCUUACGAGGAACGCAGCUUCCAUGCCGUUGAUCUCGGCAAGCUGGACGUGUUGAGCGCCACUGACAAGUGUCGUGCAGCGUUCUAUAACACCUCAGUCAAGCUGAACCACCGGUUCAAGAUUGCCCCCGUCAACCUGAACCUCAUCCUCUACAACUGCACGGAGGAGAGUGGAGCAGCGGCGGCGGCACGUCGGAACGGAGAGCUGGCGCAGACGAGAGUGAGCUGCGGGAACGAGUGGGCGGUACUUGCACGCGCGGGAGUGCCUCACGACGUGACUGGGAAGUACGCCGGCUACGCUUUGGAGGGCUGUGAUGCUUCCGUCAUUCCAGUGCUGGGCUCGUCGGCAGGGGUGAACGCGAGAGACUAUGAGCAACUCUUCAAGGAUGGCUUCCUCUUGACAUGGGAUCGUCCGCCUGGUACUGGUAGCAAGGGGACUAGCAAGAACAUUAUUCUAAUAGCUGUGACAUCAGCCGCUGGAGCCUUGCUCUUUACAUGUAUUUAUGUCUUGGUAUGGCGCAAAAAAUGGAAAAGACUAAGGUUUCUCCUUUGCAAGAAGACUAGCAGCAACACCGAAAAGAAUUAUGAGGCCAUGAUAGUAUCGCACGGAUCCCUAGCUCCAAAAGGAUACAUGUAUUCAGAGGUAAUGAAGAUAACAUCUUCUCGCAACGAUCAGCUUGGAAAAGGAGGUUAUGGUGUUGUUUUCAAAGGAAGACUGCAUGAUGGUCGUCUGGUCGCAGUAAAAUUCUUGCAUGACUGCAAAGGAAAUGGGGACGAGUUUGUUAAUGAAGUUAUGAGCAUUGGCAGGACCUCUCAUGUUAAUGUUGUUAGCUUAUAUGGGUUUUGUUUGGAGGGGUCAAAGCGAGCUCUUAUAUAUGAGUACAUGCCCAACGGUUCCUUGGAUAAGUACAUUUAUUCAGAGCACCCCAAAGAAAUUUUAGGAUGGGAGAGGCUUUACGGGAUAGCUAUAGGGAUUGCUCGUGGCCUCGAAUACUUGCACCAUAGCUGUAAUACACGUAUCGUCCAUUUCGAUAUCAAGCCCCAAAAUAUCCUUCUAGACAAAGAUUUUAGCCCAAAGAUUGCUGAUUUUGGUCUAGCUAAAUUGUGUCAUACAAAAGAGAGCAAGGUUUCAAUGACUGGUACUAGAGGAACAAUUGGAUUCAUCGCCCCAGAAGUCCACUCGCGAACCUUUGGAGUGGUUUCAACAAAAUCGGAUGUUUAUAGUUAUGGAAUGAUGCUUCUAGAAAUGGUUGGAGGUAGGAGAAACGUAAAAUCAAUUGUUGCAAAAUCCAGCGAAAAGUAUUUUCCAGACUGGAUUUAUGAGCACUUUGCACAAGAUGAUGGAUUACAAGCAUGUGAAGUCACGAGUGGAAUUGAGGAAAUCGCAAGAAAGAUGACAUUAAUUGGCUUGUGGUGCGUACAAAUAUUGCCUGCAUAUCGCCCUACCAUAACCAAAGUUCUAGAAAUGUUUGACAGAAGCUCAGAUGACAUGGGCAUGCCACCGAAGCAAAACUUCUCUGGAUUGCUUGAAAGUUCAGCUCACAAUAUGGAUGCACAGAGUUCAAGUUCCACCAGAUCUGAGGAGAUCAGCCUUGUGAAUUCAAAAAUCCUACAACAAUAGCCAACUCUUUGAACAGAUAGGUCGUGUGAAUCAAAGAACCUACAUUCAUUUCAACACUGUGAGAUGGUGGCCCUGUCGUAGAGUACAUUCAGAAAUUGAACAAGCACAGCAAAAUUUGGCAUUGUAGUAGAACAUAUAUAGUACAUUUAUGCAUGACAAGAGUCAAGAGCACCCUCAUGACAGCGUCCUAAGUUACAGAGAACAGAAGGAAUGAAAUGUAUUCUGACAAGUUUUGUGUUCCAACUGCUAAAAGGCAUCGAGGCAGACGGCUACCGAGGACUUCUUAACUAUAAAUUUCCCCCAAAAACUGAAUACACACGAUUAGGCUCUAACUACAGCCCCUAAAAUUUCAGAAUCCGGAUGCAUAUAUCAGUCUAAACAUUGUGAUGUUAUAUGCCAAUUCAAAGCAAGCAGAUUAAAUCAUGGAAGCGGAAGGCGCAUACUUGCUGCUCUCCGUAGAUUGUAUCCAUUCAAUCAAGUACCGCCGGGCUUUUCCUCGACGCGCGCAGAACCUCGCCGGCGACCACCGCCCAACUCCGUGCGCGUAUUCCUCUCCC